UAGUAGUAGUCUUAGCAGUAGUAAUAGUAGUGAUGUAUUGCAGCACCAGAUGAUGCAAAGCAGAACGAGGAGGAGGUCCAGAGCUAUGGCGUUACGCACUUUUACUUCUCCCGAUAGCUGCUGCUGCUGGUUCCCUUGAAGGAAAGGAAGGAAGGAAGGAGCGACUACUAAUACUGCGGUCAUGCUGCUGCGCAGGCCAUGCUGCUCUCAGUCCGCCUCGGCCAUGCCUUCCUUCCCUCAUCGCGGUUUCGUGUGAGCAGGUUUCCGGUCUCUCUCUCGGCUCGCGGUUUCCAUCCAAAUCUGUGUCAUGCAUGCUACAGCAUGUCUGCUGCUACCAGUGGCCGGGUGAUGCGAUUCCUUGAUUGCAUCAUGUCUGCCGGUAGGUAUUGAGGUAUCAAGGCUCGUGUCUGGGAGGAGACGGUGGCGCCUUGAAGGGUCUCAUCUGCUGGCGAGCUGUCUGGUGUGGAUCUAAAAAGUCGCAGUUAGACCUUUGGCUUCGACAUAGUUACAUUGGUGAGGAGGCGACGGUAGUGGAGUAGUGGAGUGGUGUACAGUGCUGUGCUUGAGCCUUUGGAAAACCAACUGCAGCUGGCAUUGUCUGCGGGAAGUGUAAGUGAGUAGCUGUGGAGAGUGAAGGACUGCGCGAGCUGGUGAUACGGUGAAGAUUUAGGUUGCGGCCUCGAACAGUGCAUGUAGCGCUUAUUGAGCCAAACGUCUGUGCGAAGAGAUGUUUGGCCGAUCAGCAGCCAACUCAAGGAUGAGGGGCCGCAACGAUAUCAAUGCUCAGAAACGCCGUGUGUUAGUCACCGUGUGUACUCUAGUGCUCAUGUUUUCACUCGUCUCUUUGUAUCUCGGCUCCUUCUUCAGCAAUCGUAGGAACAAGCUCGCUGUACAUUACAUCUUCGAUCCAUCGGCUUCAGGUUUGGAGGCUAAUCUCGUAGUUGACUCUAAGAAUACAGUCCUCGAGAAAGGUGAGGUGUCGGAGAAGGUGGACGCCAGUGGUGAAAGAUCUGAGGCCUCCGAUGACGAGGAAUCGGAGGACAAAAUCGCAUCCACCGAUGACACACUGGAAGCGUUUCCUGUGUGCGACGCUGAAUUUUCUGAGACCAUCCCCUGCCUGGACCUCAAAUUGAAUAAGAAAUUGAAGUUGAAAUUGAACCACCCCCUGAUGGAGCACUAUGAGAGGCAUUGCCCUCCUCAAGAGCACCGACUUCAAUGCUUGAUUCCUCCUCCUCCUAACUACAAGGUUCCAAUCAGAUGGCCUAAAAGCAGAGACGAAGUCUGGCAAUCUAAUGUGCCCCACAAUUUUUUGGCAAUUGAAAAGUCCGACCAGCAUUGGAUGGUUGUGAAUGGCCAGAAAGUGAUUUUUCCAGGUGGUGGCACCCACUUUCCCAACGGUGCGGACAAAUACAUUGCGUCCCUUGCAAAGAUGUUAAAGAAUGAGGAAGGAAACCUCAGUAUGGAUGGAAAGAUCAGGACUGUGUUGGACAUUGGUUGUGGAGUUGCGAGCUUUGGUGCUUAUUUGCUGUCUUUGGAAGUAAUUGCCAUGUCAAUAGCGCCCAACGAUGUUCAUCAGAACCAAAUCCAAUUUGCUCUCGAAAGGGGUAUUCCAGCCACUCUUGGUGUUCUAGGCACAAAGCGUGUACCAUACCCAAGCAAUUCGUUUGAUCUGGCCCACUGCUCUCGAUGCAGAAUUGAGUGGCACCAAAGGGAUGGAAUUCUCCUUUUGGAAGUGGAUAGACUCUUGAAACCUGGUGGAUACUUCAUCUGGUCUGCUCCUCCUGCUUAUCGUGAGGAUGUUGAAAACCGGCAAAUUUGGAAGGAUAUGACAGAGCUUGUGACCAACAUGUGUUGGACAGUAGCUGCCCAUCAAGACCAGACUGUUAUCUGGCAAAAACCUCUGACGAAUGAGUGCUACGAGAAAAGACCCGAGGAUCAAGUACCUCCAUUAUGUAAGACUAGCGAUCCGGACAGCGCCUGGGAGGUGCCCAUGGAGGCAUGCAUUAAUCCUCUUCCAGAUGAAGGUCGCAAUGUUGAACCCUGGCCCAAAAGAAUGGUUUCUCCUUCAUCACGACUGAAACAACUCAGAAUAGAGGAGAAGAAGUUCCUGAGCGAUACUAAUAUCUGGAAGAAAAGAGUUGAAUUUUAUUGGAGGACUCUGAGGGCCGCAAAUCAAGUAGAGCAGAGCAGUGUACGGAACGUAAUGGAUAUGAAAGCAAAUUAUGGAGGUUUUGCAGCAGCUCUGAGGGAGAAAGAUCUGUCUGUCUGGGUUAUGAAUGUGGUGCCAUCAUCUGGUGCUAACACUUUGGGACUUGUCUAUGACCGGGGUUUCAUUGGAUCUUUACACAAUUGGUGUGAGGCUUUUUCAACAUAUCCACGCACAUACGAUCUGCUGCACGCGUGGACUAUACUUUCAGAUAUUGAAGGUCAAAACUGCAGGAUUAAAGAUCUUUUGCUGGAGAUGGACCGUAUUUUGCGUCCAAUGGGCCUCGUCAUUAUUCGGGAUAGAGCAGAUACAGUUGAUCGAGUAAGAAAGCUGCUCCCAGCUCUGCGCUGGUCCAACUGGCAUCAUGUAGUUGAAGCUGACGAGAGUGAUCUUUCACAUGAGGAUGAGAAGAUCCUAUUUGCACGGAAGGAAUUGUGGCAACCUGAAGACGUUUUGUAACACUCCUGGCCUUGAUACCAUAACUUUAGUAAACUGAUUGUCAUCCAAGGUACUAGAAGUCAAAUGUAUGCAAUGUACUGUCGAAAUUAGAGACGAUGUUUUGAAAUGCGGCCAGGCUUUGUCAGAAGCGUCACCGAUCGAUGGAUGUAUAAAGUUGUAAGAACCUGGUGAUACUAACUUGCUUGAAGCCUGAUUUUUGGGGCUGCAAAGCAUUUUAACUGUCACCAUCAUCUACGUAGUCGGGUGAUGGUUGACAUUUACAACCAGGAAAUAUUCGAAAGAAUGUACGCAUGCUGAAUGAUUAGAUAGAGUA